CUCUCAUUCCGUUGGAAUAAAAACUCUUCUCACUCAUUUUUCUUCCUCUCACAAGUUUUCUUCUUCUUGUGUCUCUGACUCUUACUGAACCAGUUUCGCAAAGUCAGAGAAGCAACGCAAGCAAGAAGAAUAAAGAGAAGAACUUCGCCGUCAACGUCUCCGUCAUGGAGUUCGGAACUGCCGCCGCGACUCUCACGAAGAAGCUCUCUAACGGCUACGGCGUCUCCGGAAGAUCGGCGUACGACGGCGUUUUCGCCGCUCCAAUCAAGCUCCGAGCUCCGACUUUCUCCUCUCAAUUCGAGGAUUACCGCGAGAUUUUCGGCGCCGCCGGAGCUUCGCUCGGUUCCUCUAUUCCGAUUCUGGAACUUCCGGAACUCAACGAGAGCAAGAAAAAGAUCGACGACGUUGGGCGCUCGAGGGUCGAUUACUCGACGGUCUUCGGUGGGUUUGGGAGUCUAGACGCUGCCGUUCCUUUCGAGGAGUUAGUGGCUGAGCCUGUGGAGAAAGAUAGCUUCGCUAUACGGAGUAAGAUCAAAGAAGAAAACCAAUCUUUCCAGCAAGAGCUUAAUACUUGUUCGAAGGAAAUUCCAGUGAAAUCGUGGUCAUCCCAUGAUGCCAAAAAGGUCAAUAUGUCUUAUCAUAAAGUUAACCAAGGAAGUGAAAAUGGAACAGGUGGGACAACACAUAUAGCUCAACUCCAGGCUGUCCCUGCUUACACUCGAUUAAUCGAAGAAGUCAAGCCAAUGAAGAUAAACAGAGCUAAUAAGUCUAUACCAGUAGCACAAGAUACUUAUUCUGGUAGCCAUGUCGAGGAGGGAAUAAAAGAAGCUGCACAUUCUACCAAUUCGUAUACUAGUGCUUCACCUGAUAAUUCUAAGCAACAGUCUUCCACCAACAAUGGCGUAAAAGUUAAAAAUAGAUCUGGUUCUAUUGAUCUGUUUUUUGAUGCAUGUGAGAUCAGUAAUGGAAGUAAUGGAACAAAUAAUGUCAAAGUUCCUCGAUCAGAGACUACAGAAUCUAACUUAAAUAAACAAAAAGGUGAUGCUCUGAAAUCAACGCCAAUCAAAUUCCAGGCAUCUAAGAGUAGCUCAUCCGAAGGUGUAGCUGGUGCUGAUUCGCCACCAUACUCAGAUGAGGUAGCUGCUUCUGUAGCUGCUUUAAGAAAGGCAAUGGAAGAGGCUCAAGCAAGAAUGAAGGUUGCAAAAGAAUUGAUGAGAAGAAAGAAAGAAGGUUUUCCUGAUCGUGUGAAACGUAAGUCUAACAUUGAAGUGAAAGCUGAUGGAAAAAGAGACGCUAAAGUCACUCUUAGAACAACGAAACUUGAUGCAAAGCUAACAUUAAGAGAAAAGGAUACUUCUCUAAAUUCUUCUUCUGAGGUAGGGAGGUCAACUAUGAGAAUAGAGAAAGCGAGGCCAGAUCUGGGGACAAAAGAAACCUCUGGUGCUGAAGAAGUUGUACGCGAAACACAGAAGAAGAUGAAAUCAGAUCAAGCAAAACAUGAGAAAGAGGUUGAACAAAAAGAAUCAAAUCAUAAGGGAAAAAUACUUGAGCAGAAAGAGGCAGAAAAUAACAAGAAAGAGCAGUACUUUAAUAAAACAGAUAGGAAUACCCCUGAAAAACCUGAAGAAUCUGAUGAAAAAAUAGAAAUGGUUAGGGAAUAUUGGGGGCUGGAGAAUAAUGAAGAGAAGGUUCAUGCAGACCAUGAAGCAAGUGCAUAUGUAGAACUUGUCCGGGAAACUAAACAUAGGAGUCAAACGGUAGUAGAUGAGACAAAACUGAUUCAGGAGGUAUUUGAAAAUGGUUUAAUGGACAAUGGUCCGAAGGUUAAUGAAAAUGGGGAAGUUGAGAAUAGGGUUAAAUCUUUUUAUAAUCCGGAAGACUAUGGAAGCAAUGUCGGUGGGCAAGGGUUAAUAGAAGGUAAUGGGAAAAAAGUUUCUGGUGAGCCAGAAGAUGGCAACAAAUGUGCAGGGUCCUUUGAGCUGGAAGAAUGCAAAAUAAAUUUGAGAGCUGUUCAGGAACCGCGAGAGGCUGAGAAGAAUAUUACUGAAGAGCUAAAAGGAAGUGAGAAUAAAGUUGAUUUGUUCAGUGAGCUGGAAGAAUGUGAACUAGCAGAAAUUCUGGAGCCACUUGACAAUGAGAGUGUGUGCAGUCAUCAUGCCAUAAAUUUGACAAGUAUGGAGGAAGCGACAGAGAACUUUGGGUGUUUAGAGGACAGAAAGAAAAGAAAUGAUUCUGGUUUUCUGGAUAUCAGUCAAGACACUGAACAUUCCUGUCAGAGAGAAGCCAGAGAAGCCACUGGUAAUACCUUUGGCAGUAUCUAUGUGCAGGAGGAAAUCGUGGACCAUAUUCAUAGUAAGAAUAAGAAAAGUAAAUUGGAUGGAAAUGACAUGGUUCUUGAUGCCCAAGCAAGUGAGAAUGGAUUUCAAGAAGCCACUCAACUGAUGGAUGGAAAUACGAGGGAAAGGAUAGACAACGAGGAGCCAGUUGAAGUUAUUAGAGUAACUCUAUCUGAUCCUUGUUGCGAGGAGGUAAAAGCAGAGAAAGCUGGCAAUACCACAGAAACCAGUUCAAGCUAUGAGCCAGAUGAAACUGAGAAGUUGAACAAAACUCAGGGAGCUGAUAUAAUCACUGAAAAUGAGGAAACUUUGGAAGUAAAUCUAAAGGUUCAUUCAUAUGAUGAGGUAGAUGGUGUGUCGGAAGCAAGUAGUGCUUCAUUUCAACAAGAGAGAUAUGAAGAAACAGACCCCGUUCAGGAGACAAGUGAUUUCCGUGAUAAACAUACAGAUGAGACUCAUUCCUUCACUCAAGUUGCCGUUGAACUAAACAAAGCAGACAAUCAAAUACAAAAUAUAUUUGAAAGAGAGACUUCCGAAGGUGCUGCUACAAAUAGUGGUGACACCGACAUAAAGGCUAGGCAAAACAUAGAUCAGUGCUGGGAAAAGUCAGAAAAUUACUGCAAUCUGGAAAUGCCUGUUGAAGACACAACUCCUGAGUCUGUUGAAAUCUGCAAGGAUGCAAAGGAGACUAGAGAUGCAUUAAAGGAAGAUUUGGAUGAGAAUAGGUCUAAUUCCUCUAAUGGGGAAAUUUUGUUUGACAAUGAAGACAUUAUAGAUGAAUCCCAGAUACCUAGUACAUCUGAUUGGAAAUCGAGUCCCUUCAAAGAAGUAGAGAAGGUUGAUUCAAGUCACAUCAAUAUAAGGGAGAGUAAUCAAGUAUCCGCAAUGGACGAGAAGGGAGCAAAUGACAACUUGCAUAAGGAAGAGCAGGAAAAGGAACACCUCAAAAAACUCGAUGCAGCAAAAGAGAGGGAAAGAGAAAGAGAAAAGGAGAAAUUAGCUGUAGAAAGAGCAAUUCGUGAAGCACGUGAAAGGGCUUUUGCUGAUGCCAGAGAAAGGGCGGCAGUAGAGAGAGCUGCUGCAGAAGCACGUCAGAAAAACAUUUCUGAUGGACGAGAAAGGCUAGGAAAAACCAAUAGUCAGGCAAAUGAGAAGACCCCAGCUGAGAAGGCUGCUUUGGAGGCAAAACUUAAAGCUGAGCGUGCUGCUGUGGAGAGAGCAACUGCAGAGGCACGGGCACGGGCCCUAGAAAGGGCACUUUCUGAGAGAGCUGCUUCUGAUGCAAGAAAUAAGUCUGAUAAACCUGUUGCAGGCUUUGUGGCUUCCCGUGAUAAUGCAAUGAAGCAAAACUUCCAAUCAAAAUCUUUCAGCCAUGGUGUUCGUGAUUCUACUGAUGUAUUUGAUGGAGCUAAUGGCGAUUCUGCUCAGAGAUGUAAGGCUAGAUUUGAGAGGCAUCAGAGAAUAGGGGAACGCGUGGCACAUGCUCUUGCAGAAAAGAAUAUGCGUGACAGGCUUGUGCAGAAGGAGCAAGAGGAGAGAAAUAGGGUAGCAGAAAUUCUUGAUGCAGAUGUUAAAAGAUGGUCAAGUGGAAAAACAGGAAACUUGAGGGCAUUGCUUUCUACAUUACAAUAUAUUCUUGGCCCCGACAGUGGUUGGCAACCGAUUCCUCUGACAGAUGUAGUAACCACCCCUGCAGUAAAGAAAGCUUAUCGUAAAGCUACACUUUUUGUGCAUCCUGACAAGCUGCAGCAGCGGGGAGCAAGCAUUCAACAAAAGUACAUCUGCGAGAAGGUUUUUGAUCUUCUAAAGGAAGCUUGGAACAGAUUUAACAUGGAAGAACGAUAAACAGUGCUUAGUGCUGGGUUGUCUCAUGAUUGAAGUGCAUUAUUACUAUAUGUAUGAAAAGUAGUCUCAGAAAUCAGCAAAUAUGCAUGGUCUGCAAGUGGAACUUUAUUGUAUAGCUCAACAUCUAUUGUACUACAUUUUUAUUUUUUAGUUCCACCAAUUCCAGGCCUUUAAUUAAUUAUAGAAUAAUUUAUCCAGAA